GCAGGUACAAAUAAAACAGGGGAGUGGCGGAAGGGAGCGGAGUCCGAGACGGCCUAGGGGGCGAAGGGGGAUCGAUCGGAGAGCCUCAGAAGAAGAAUGAGCGAGGAGGGCAGGGUUCACACAAGCGGGGUGACCAGGACGUUUGAGCUCUACCGUUGCCUUGUUCUGGACAACGUCUCCCUGGGACCCCUCCCUCCCUCCAGGACCCCCGGAAGACAAUAAGGGAGCAGCGUUUUUUUUUCUCUCUUCUUCGCGGAUCCGGACGGAGCGGAGAAUUUUGGCAGAGUUGGACUUUUUUGCGGAUCCAUACGGGACCCGAACGGGGGCAGCGCCUCAGCGACUUGACGGACGCCGUCUUCGGUUGGAGGUGCACGGGGGCGCCUGGUUGGAGAACGAUACUGCUGCACCGGGCGCCCCUCUUGCUCUUGGGACUUGUGCUGGGGUCCUUCGUGCUUGGGUCUUUUUCCGCGUUCGGCCCCACCGGUGCCUUUGAGAAAUUCCUCCGCGGUCAAGGGCUCGUUCCGAUCCUUCACAACCAGCUGAUCGGGACUGGAUCCGGAUGGGGCUCCAGGUUCCGCAUUUGGGCUUCCUGGUGCUGUUGCUGCGGGGAGGAUGCGCAGAUUUCUCCUCCCAUUCAUUGCGCAUUUUCUACACCUUGGUCCUGAGCCCCAACCUGGAUGUGUCCCGAUGUAUUGUGGAGGGAUAUGUGGACGACCAGCUGGCUUCAAGCUUUGACCCCUCCACAAGAAGAAUGUUACCCCAAGUGCCCUGGCUCCUUAACGUGAAGAGGGAGGACUUGCAUUUCUGGGAUUUUAUAUCUCAGAGAGCCAGCACCACGGAGUGGAGGUUCAAAAGCGACCUCGCCAUCUUGCACAGCUACCACAACUCCAGCAGAGGGAUUCACAGCUGGCAGUGCAAGAUCGGCUGCCAGCUGAGCAAAGAUGGCCACAAGCAGGGGCACUUCCAGUGCGGCUAUGAUGGGGAGAACUUCAUCAGCUUGGACCAGAAGACCCUCACCUGGACGGCAGUCAACGUCCACGCUCAGGUGAUCAAGAAGAGGUGGGAAGAGGAGCCGUUCUUCACCCAGAACAUCAAUAACUUUUUGGAGCAGGAAUGUAUCCAGCUGCUUCAGAAGGGCCUGUUCUAUGGAAAGGAUUCGUUGUUGAGGAAAGAGCCCCCGUUGGUGAAAGUAUCUCGCAGGAUCCAGUACAACAGUAUGGAGACCCUCGUCUGCCAAAUCUAUGGCUUUUAUCCCAAAGAGAUAGAUGCCACCUGGAAGAAGGAUGAAGAGGUCUGGGAGCAGGACACCUACCGUGGGGGUGUCCUUCCAAAUUCAGACAGGACCUACCAUAUCUGGCUGAGCAUCGAGGUUGACCCGAAGGAGAGGGACCGCUAUCGGUGUUAUGUGGACCACGCCGGACUGCCGGAGCCUCUGAUCUUGGCCUGGGUGGAGCCUGCUUUCGUAUCCAACUUUGGACUCAUUGCUGGAGUCAUAGGGGUUGUGGUAGCCGCAGUCCUCAUUGCUGCUGGAGUGACUAUCUGCAUCAAAAAACGUGGCAGAAAUGCAUACAGAACAGCAUCAGCCACUAUCCAGAAUUUUGAAAUUCCUCCAAUGAACUGAAGCGCAUGCAGUUUAGAAUGGUCUUCAAUUAAAGCAGUCUAUAUGCUUAGGUGAAAGAUUGACCAAAUGACCCUAGCAGUUUACUACUCCGUUUGCUACAACUACUGUUUUGAUUAUUGAAGUUCACAUACCGUAUUUUUUGGAGUAUAAGAUGCAACUUCCCCCCACCCAAGAAGAGGAUGAAAAUCUGGGUGCAUCUUAUACACUGAAUACAGCCUUUUUGCCCCCCCCGAAAUACCGCCCCCUUCUGGACGUGCAGAAAGUUUGGGAGGCUGCAAAGUGCUCCUGGGGAUUGGGGAGGGCAAUAAUGAGUG